AUGGAUUUAUCUAAGUUAUCGAGCGAUCUACCGCUUCCACAACCUAUUGAUGAUGAUUCCUUGGAUAAGAUCAACAGGGAGUUAUCAAACGAGUUUAAAAUUGGAGCACGAUCUAUCGCUGCUCUAUAUAGGCUUUCAAAUACCAAGAGUGCACUGAUCAACGCAAAGGGCUACUUGAACUGUUUAAAUGAUGUCAUUUCUCUUAUAGACAACGAUAAUGUUACUAGUUUGGCCGAACUGAAACAAUAUUUACAAUUAAAACGAACAGAGUUGACUGGGAAGGAAGAGAAAGAGGCCGAGAAGGAUCCGAAACAGGCGAAACAGCACCAGAAUCAAGCAACACAUCAAAAGCUGGCUAAUUUAUCCAUUCCAGCUACGGAUUUCACUCUAUCUGCGAAGUCUCCGUUCCAUUUCCCUGCUUCGAAACUUCCUAUAGGUGUUCGACCUCAGAUAAAGCACCGUAUUCGGCGUCAUGAACAUGAACACGAUAUGGCUAUUCAAAGAGCAGAAAAGAUUCGUCAAUAUAACUCUCAAAUACUCAAACAGCAGCGUCCGCUACAGCGUGUAGCACCACGUCCACAACCUCAACCUUCAGGUCCGGCGUCUGUUUCGGAGUCAGACGCGUCUAUCGACUCGGAAGUUAUUGAAGAUGAAUUGUCCUCAGAUGAUGCUGAUGAGGAUGAACCAAUGUUCGUUACCGAGGACCAACUACCCAAAAGAAAACUGAUAGCAUCUGAUUCUAGCUCCAAGAAACCGAAAAGGUGA